AUGGCCCUUGACGGCCCCACAGGCCCCGGGGCCCCCAUGGAUGCAGCACCCCCGUCGAAGGAGGCCCUCGAUGCUUUGCAGCUUGAGGUCUCUCGACUGCGGGAGGAGAAGCGGCUGGCUGGAGAAAUAUUUUCAGAGACAAUUUGCAGCUACGAAGAAGAAGUGCGGCAGCUAAAAGAAGCCCUUGCUGCAGCACAGCAGCAGCAGCAGCAGCAGCAGCAGCAGAAGGGGCUCACUGCGACAGCAGCAGCGGCUGCUGCUGCAGCAGCAACUACAACACAUGCAAGGGGCUGCCGUGGGCGUCUUGUGCAGCAAAAAGCAGCAGCAGAAGCAACAACAACACCCGCAGCAGCAGCAGCAUCCGACAGAGCAGCAGCAGCAGGAACAGCAGCAUCAGCAUCAGAAGAGGCUUCGUCUUCGCCAGCAGCAGAAGCAACAGGAGCAGCAGCAGCAACUCCUGCAGCAGCAGCAGCAGCAGCAGAUUGUUCUUCUCCCCAAUCUCCCAGUUGCAUCCCGAAGCAGCAAGAGGAGUCUCAGCAGCAGCAGCAGCAGCAUGAAACCAAAAGCAGCUGCUGCAGCAAGGGGGCCCCUUUAGAUCUUGCUGCUGGGGGGCCCCCGGGGGCCCCCGCAGCUAAACCCUCCUUCUUCCGCUUCGGCUCCCUCCCUGACGCGCAUGCAGUUGGAGGGGCCCCCAGGGGGCCCCACAACUGUUUAUUUGCAAGGAAGCAAACUGCCGAGGUGUUGGAUGGGAAGCCUGUGGAGCGGGAACAGCCUCGCGGCGGAGUUGGGGCCCUCCCGCGACUUGGGGGUGCUCGCUCUUGGAAAACGCUGCUCUUUAGCAAGGACCGCUUCAGCAGCAGCAGCAGCAGCAGCAGCAGCAGCAGCAGCAGCAGCAGCAAGGCCUUCUCCCCUUCUGACUAUCAUCCUUCAUCUGGUAUUUCUUAUUGGCGUUGCAGCCGCUCUAGGCGCACUAACAGCCCUUCACAGGGGGGCCCCCAUGGUGGUUUCUUCUGGGGGGCCCCCCGUGGGGCCCCCCUUAGCAGAGAGAGGGGCCCCCGUGGGGGCCCCCUAUCACAGGGGGGCCCCCGGGGGGGGCCCCUAUCUCAGGGGGGCCCCCGGGGGGCCCCCCUCUCUGCAAUAUGGGUGGAUAGACUGCUGCCUGACUGGGAUAGACAGAAAGAAACUGCAGCAUUUGAUGAAGUGCUAAGAAUGGGAGUGCCUCAUGAUGUGCGAGGAGAGGUUUGGAAACGGGCUGUGGGAGACCAGCUGCGGUUGAGCCCUCAGUACUACGAGUUGCUGCUGGCUCGAAUGAAGAUGGCGAGGAGGCAGCUUCUGCGCAUUAAUGUGAAGUAUAGGGAACGAAUAGAGUGUAUCAGGGGGCCGAUGGAUGAGGGAGCAGCAGCAACAGCAACAGCAGCAGCAGCAGGAGAAGCGGCAGCAGCAGAUGGAGCAGCACAGGGGGGGGGCCCACCCGCAGCAGCAGAACCUGCAAAGAAAGACGCAGCAGUCUGCAGCGUCUGUGGGGCCCCUACAGCGCUCGCAGAUGCCGCUGCUGCAGAUAACAACAGCAGCAGCAGCAGCAACAGCAGCAGCAACAGCAGCAACAGCAGCAACAGCAGCGAUUGUUUCGUGUGGGAAGAGGAAAUAUUUAAUUCUUUUUUAGCGAUUUCUGCUGACCUCCAUCGAACUCUCCCUCGUCUUGGUGUCUUUACUUCAACGGGGCCCUCAGAUAAAUCCAAGGCACAGACAGCAGCAGCAGCAGCAGCAGCAGCAGCACAAGCACCGCAGGCGGGAGGAGCUGCUGAUCACGAAGCCCCGACGGGGGACCUUAAAUCAGCAGCAGCAGAAGCAGCAUCAGCAGAAGCCCCAGCAGGUGCUGAUGCGAGCACCAGCGACAGCAGCAGCAGCAGCACCAGCAGCAGCAGCAGCACCAGCAGCAGCAGCAGCACCAGCAGCAGCAGCAGCAGCAUAGAUGACUCCCGUAUUGACGGUCCUUUAUGUGCUCCGCCACAGCAAUCUGCUGCUGAGGCCCCGUCUCCUGCUGCUGCUGCAGACUCUUCAUCUUCAACGAAGGGCUCUGUGGGGGGCCCUCCCUCAACAGAGUUGUGUACUGGUGGGGCCCCCUCUGGGUACCCCACCGUCAUUGGGGGUCCCCCAGAGGUAUCUACUGCUGAGGGGGCCCCCUCUGGGGGGCCCCCCAUUGGGGAUGGGGCCCCCGUGGGGGCCCCCGAGGGUAGAGGUUCAGGUUCAGGGGGGGGGCCGGGGGGCCCCUGUGGGGGCCCCCUUGAUUCUCAAGCUGUGGCUCCUGUACCCUUUGGAGUGUCUGGGGGUGAACGUAUGGAGUUGUUUUUGCAAACGCUGUUAGAAGUGUUUGUAAUGCUGAGGCCUGACUUAGGCUAUGUUCAGGGCAUGGCGUUCAUUGCUGCUACUCUGCUGCUCUAUAUGGAUGAAUACUCAGCUUUCGUCUGCUUCGCUAACCUUAUGUUGCGUCGUUCUCUGCAUGCAUUUUAUACAUUUGAUAUGGGGCUGGUUGAAGCUUACUUUCGUACAUUUGAUUUGCUGCUGGAGGAGAGGCAUCCGCAGCUGCUGCAGCACUUCUUAUCGUUGGGUCUAGACACAGAUAUAUUUCUUGUUGAUUGGAUGUACACUCUAUUCACAAGGUGUCUGCCCUUUGAGUUGUUGGGGCGGGUGUGGGACUUGUUCAUCGUCAAAGGAGAUGUUGUCUUGUUUCAAGCAUCAUUGGCUAUCGUGUCUUACUUCCGAGAGGAGUUGCUGCAGGGGUCUUUGGAUGACUGUAUGGCGGUCCUCUCCCCCUCAACCACUACUCGCUUCCAGGCUAUUCAUAAGACUAUUAAUGAUAAAAGAAAAAAAGGAGGGGGGCCCCCCGAGGGGCCCCCCCGCAGCGGUUUGCUGCUGCAGCAUCUCAGCACCGAAGCUGCUGUCGCGGAUGCAGCAGCAGCUGCUGCUGCUGCAGCAACACAAGAUGCAGAAGAAGAGGCUGCAGCAGACGAACCUUCUCCUGCUGCUGCUGCUGCAGCAGCAGCAACAGCAGAUGCACCCUUCAAAGACACCGAACAAACAGACGGGGGCCCUCGCCUCCGCAGGAGGUCAUUCACUUGGGCGGUAGUAGAGGCCCCCCCUUCGGCAUGA